AUGAAGUCCCGUCGCCCCAGCUGCACCGACUCCGGAUCUGAGUCCUCGGAGUCCGACUCCAAGAGCCCGGAGAAGUACGAGACGGCCACGAGGCGGCGGAUGGCGGCCAACGCCAGAGAGAGGAAGAGGAUGCAGGGUUUGAACACGGCCUUUGACCGACUGCGCAAAGUGGUCCCGCAGUGGGGCCAGGACAAGAAGCUGUCCAAGUAUGAGACCCUGCAGAUGGCUCUCAGCUACAUCAUGGCCCUGAACCGGAUCCUGACGGACCCCAGGAGGCACGCCGCUCCUCACAGGCAGUGGCUGGACCUGCAGUUUGACUGCGUCCAGCCGGAGAACUACUCCUGCCUCGUGGGCUACGAGGCUCCUGCCGGACAGGACUACGUCCACCCGUCCUUCUACCAGUUCCCGGGCCAGCAGGUCCACGCCUAA